AUGGAUGCUGAAGCGAAGAGGAAGGCGAUGUUUCGCUCUAAGCUCAACGCCAAGAAGAAAGAAACCCGCAUAGAUUCUCCUCUCGUUAGGUAUAAUGAAUUAGACCAGCCUGUGUGUAAAGUUUGCAAUGUCGUCUUGAAAUCUGACUCUCUAUGGGGUGUUCACCAAGCUUCUUCUAAGCAUCACCAGGCCAUUGCUAAUCUAAAGGCUAGUGCAGCGGCAAUGCAAAAGGCUAGCAAAACUCAGCCAUCAAAAGUUGAAACUUUGCCUAAAUCAUCCAAAUCUCAGUCAUCAUCUGGUGGUCUUCCACCGAAUUUCUUCGACAAUCGCGAGCCUGCUAUAAAGAUUCCUGUAUCUGCAGAAUCAAAGAAUGUACAGCCAUCAAAGCAGACUACAGUUUCGGAAACGAAAAAGACAAAGGGACCUCUUCCAGAAGGAUUCUUUGAUAAUCAGAAAACUGUUUCUUCAGAUACAAAGAUCAACACUGAGCCUAAACAGAGUCAGACACAGACCACUGGUGCUUCAGAGACGAAACAAGCGGUGAAAGGAGCUCUGCCGACUGGUUUUUUCGAUAACAAAGAAGCUGAUCUGCUUGCCCAUGGAAUAAAGCCUGUCAAACCAGAUCUCAAAGACGAAUAUAAAGAAUUUGAGAAGUUGAUAGAAGAAGAUCUGCAGGUAGUGGAUAAUCGCAUGGAAGAAGAAGAGGUAGAUGCUGCGGAAACUAUAGAAGAGGAGGAACAACGAGAGCAAAGGUCGUACAAAGAGAAAGUGGAGAUGCUGAAGAGGAAGAAACUGGAACUGAAAGCUGCUAGAUUAGCUAAGCGCAGCAAAACCUCUGAGGGGUCUGUUAAAAAGCGGAGGAAGACCGAAGAAGAAUCGCCCAGCGAUGAUGAGGAUGACGAUGAUUCCGCUGUUGAUUGGAGAGCUCAACAUCUUUGA